UACUAUACAAUCAAUUCUUUGUGUAAAUUAUGCUUUUUAUUGACAGGGGUCGUUAUCAUUGUGUACAUAAGCAAAGACUUCCCUGUGGCGUGCAGCUGUGGUCACUGUUUGUAGAAGCCAUGUGCCUGGGGUGUGACUGUGCUUCUUAGACUUAGUUUGCCUUUGCAAAUAGUCCAGGGCAAAACUGGGGAAGCUGCGGCUGCAGGCUGGCUAAGGCCAGGCCCAGGGCACCUUCAAUCUAAUGGGUGUUUAUUGAGAAGCUUAGCAGCAAGGAACUGUGUUGCAGUGAUACCAAGAUAAACACAAAUAAUCCCUUGCCUGUGCUCAACACAUAGUUAACAUGUAUUUUUGAAAACAUCCCAUCUAAUCCUCACAGCCACCCUGUAAGGUAGGUAGAGGACCCCCCUCCACCCCCCAUUUUACAGCAGGUUAAGUCGUUCUCCCCAUGUCACACAGCUUAUGUGUAGCAGAGCCAGGACUGGAACUCAGGUCCUCUGAUCCUAACCCCAGUGCUGUACACCAUGGCUGCCUCCUGGACCAACAGUCCCUACCUGACCAUUAGAGGUACACAGUCUGAAGGGGAAACACAUAUACAAAUAUCAGUCAGUGCAAAGCCAUAUUGAUAAGGUGUUUUACAGAGUGCAAAGUGCAGGAGAAAAAAAGAGAAGGGCCAUUAAUUUCCUCCUGGCCACAUUUUCAGUCCUAAGAACAAGUUGUAAGUCAGUUUAUCAUUCUGCACCUAAGUUUCUAAAUCUAUAAAGUGAAAAUAAUAUGCUCGCCUACCUCACUGAGUUAUUUUGAGAACCAAGUGGGAUAAUAUAUGAAAAUUAUAAAGGUAUAUAUAGGUAUAAAGUGGUGCUAAUAACAGCAGCAUCAGAGCCCAUAAACUUCACUGUAUAUAUUUAUAUUUGUGAGUAAAUAAUUAGAAACAGUGCUUACUAAUCAGAAACUACAUUGUGAAACAGUAUUAUUCUUUCCUUUCUUAUCAAGUUUGAAGGCAUUAUAAUCAUUAAUCACAUUGACCUUGAAGGCAGAAAGUAUUGAAUUCAAAUCCCAACUCUGCCACCAGCAGUGGGACAUUGGACAAUAUGUUAAUUACUCUGGGUCAUACAUACACAGUGAGGAUAAUAUAUUUUUUCAUGAGGACCCACUGAGAUGAUACAUGCAAAAUGUUUACUAUAGUGCCUGGCACAUAGUAAAUACUCAAUAAACAUUAGCUUUAAAAGGUAUCAAACAUUUGUUGAGCACUUACAAUGUACCAGGCCUAACUUGGGAAACAAAAUGAAAAUACACGGUCCUGUUUCAAAGAGAUAACAGUUUGGCAAAGAAACAUACAUACAAAUAAAAAAAAACCAUGCUCACUACUCAACUGAAAACAUCACAGGCAGGUUAGAAAAUGAACUUAUAAAUCUGCCUGGAAAGACAGGUAAAUAGAAAUCUUGGAGGAGGAGGAAGUAUUUGACUCAAGAUGAGUAGAAGGGGAGAUGAGUAGAGACCUUUUGAAGGGUGAGUAGAAGUUUGCAGUGCUGUUUAUUUGGCUUUAUCAUUUGCCCACAGCGGUUUGAUCCCUUGAAAAGUCAAGACUCAUGUUUAUGCUUGUUGGCCUUCUGGUGAUUCAAUCUAGACAUUCUGGUGACUUCAUGAGCAUGGUGUUAGAAACGCAUUUUACUUGCUAUCUUCUCUAUGUGAAACAUCUGUUUGUUUUCAUUUUAUAGACUCCUUAAGAGCUGUACAAACAACUUCUUACAUAGGGGAUAAUUGGUCCUGCCACUUAAAAGUGUUAGCAUCCUUGGUACAUGUUGCCUGAUCCCAUUACGGAGAGAAGGCAGGGAGGACUUGUAACCACUUGCUCUGGAAAAGCAGGAGUGACCGGGAUAAAUGGGGUGGUUUCUUCGGCGCAGGCUGUGUUGGCCACCGGGUCGGGGAUCGCCAUCAUCCGCUCCUGUAAGAACGUGGUCUCCGACAGGCACUGGCUUGCCCAAGAAUAUGUCUGGUUUUUGAUUCCAUAUAUGGUCUACGACAUCUACGCCAUGUACCUUUGUGACUGGUACCGAAUCAAAGAACAGAACCGCAGACACUCCCUCAUCAUUUUUCGAAACUUCCUAAGUAAAAACCGCCUCAUGAUCACGCACCAUGUGGCCAUUCUGUUGGUCCUUGUGCCAAUUGCACAGAGGUUUAGGGGAGAGCUGGGGGACUUCUUCGUUGGCUGCAUCUUCACGGCAGAACUGAGCACUCCAUUUGUGUCGCUGGGCAAAAUUCUGAUUCAGCUAAAGAAGCAGCACACCCUUCUGUACAAGGUGAACGGAAUCCUCACGCUGACCACCUUCUUUUCCUGUCGGAUCCUUCUUUUCCUCUUCAUGUAUUGGUCCUAUGCCAAACAGAAGGACAUAAGCCUGUUCCAAGUGCCAUUCAGGAUCCCUGUCUUCUGCAAUGUGGCCAAUGCCUUCCUCAUCGCUCCCCAGCUCUACUGGUUCUCUCUGCUGUGCAAGAAGGCAGUCGGGCUCUUUGACACUCCCCCAGCCGAAAAGGAUGGAUAAGUGCUCCCAGGAGUCAGGCAGUGAGGGUGCCUCUUCAUACUAGCUGCCUCUUUCACUCAGUAUUCCACGGACCAAAUUGUGCCCUGGAUGGCCUCAGCCUUUUGGGUAUUGAUAAGUAGAUGGGUAUUGAGUUUUUCUAAAGAAUAUUCGUAUUACCUCCCUCAGCUAACCUGCCCCUUUUGCAAAAGCACUUUUUGUAAUAACAACUAUUGGAUCCUGUCAGACCUCCAUUGGCAGCAAGGUGGUUUUGCCCAAUGAUCCUUCCUUGGGCCUUAUCUCAAGGGCUCUGGGAGGUAGAAGCAUGGGGUGUGGAGACAGGUGGACCAGGAUAAGUCCCUGGGCACCUAACUGGCCCUAAUAUUGGUGGCUACCCACCUUUCCAAACACUCAGGGCAAUAUCCACAUAUACUGGGCCAGCAGAAACAGUGAUGACUUGGUUCUUGAAAUAAUUUCUUAUGUUGGCCUGGGGAAACCAUUGUGGGUAGGUAGCUUUUCAUUGUUUACUAGAUAAUCCACUGCCUCAUCCAUGUGCCAACAUUGAAUUCUUGUCAUCUGACUUCCAAUCAGAAGUCUCAUUAGUGAGGGUCGGCGUGGCAGGAGGCAGGGAUGGGAACCUGAAGCGCUUGAGGAGGUAAAAGAGGUCUGCAUCUUUGCAGGCUGACUGUAAGAUCAGUGUCAAAGUUGUGAGUUUGUUGUCAACAGUCACAAAUACUGUUCCCUCUUUGGCAUGUCCUUCCAAGCCCAGCUUUCCCCAUAUCCACACACACAAAGGAUGCUCUUGUUAAAAACUAUAGUGGUAGAGUGAAAAGAUGGCUACCAAGCUAUUUAUUAGUAACCCCACUCUUUGACACUGUCUUUUUCACAUGAAGUGGAAAUGGAGUUCCAUAUUCCAAACCAUGAGAAGUCGCAUCUAGACUGCCUCCUAACAGAGCUUGUGGCCAAAAGCCUGUUCCCAUUGAGUGCACCACCAUUUAGCCACAGAAGGCUGGAGAGCAAGAGUGCAAGACAGCCCUGGCCAAAAUAUGUCCUGUGAACUGACUCCUUCACUACCAUUUGCAAAUGGGAUUCUCUGGUGCCAACACUAAUCAUUCCUUAUCAACUAGGAUGGGUCUUAGAAACUGCUACCAUGAAUUUUUUUUCAGGUGGUAGUGAGAAGCUAGGUUUUAAAAAGUGCCUUUUGAUUCAUUGUUGUCCAUUAACUUUUAAAGUACUGAAUAUGUAACAGUGACUCAAAUGUUGACUAUUUCAGUCUUUGAUGGGUGCCAUUUUAAAAAUGCAAAAUGAUAUAUUUUUUUUUUACUGGUUUGUUCACUGUCAGUGUAUCUUGCAUAAAUCACCCCUGUGGUGAUUAAAUUGCACUAAUAUUUCCCAACUUACUCUCAUUUGUGAAAUAUAUCAAUACCGACUUCCUGUAAGACCCAUCCAUGACCUGACUUGGCUGGCUGCUGUGUGGUAUUGUUUCUGGUCUGUGUUCAUAUCCAUGUAACUCGCAAAGCUGGGGGAGUUGAGGGGAGGGGAAUGUGUUAGUGCUUUCAGCCUCCAGGAAGGCCUACCUCAAACCUUACUCUAACACUGUUUCUGUGAUUCAUGGUUCCUGUAUACUAAGCAUGUCAAACUCUCAGCCUGCGGGCCACAUGCCUAGUUUAUUUGGCCUGUGUUAGCCUUUGAGUUUGACAUGUUUGCUGUACACUGUAGGGUCCCAGAGUUCAAGCCUAGUGGUCAUGUAAUUUUAGGCCCUUUUUUCUCUUUCUAGGUGAAUUUCAAUUAGGAGUUGGGAGGGUAGAAACCCAAUUGUAGGCCACAGAGCUAGCCCACUUCAGGUGGGGGAGGGAACCUGAAUAAGGCCCCAUUAUGAAUGAGGGCCUGGGUGUGAAGGAGGUAUUGGGAUAUCCCCUUUUCCCUUUCUUGCCUCCCAAAUUAAAUGUCUCAGCAACCAGCACUCAUAGUUCUGUAAAAUGCCCUGCACACCUUAAAUUUGUAUUUUUAUGCUUCUGUAGACACCAUUCCCUGCUCCCCCUCAUUUUUCAAAACUGUGACAAUAUACUCCAAGCAGAA